AUUAUUCGUAACAAUGGGAAGUUUCGAAGGUCAAGAAACAAAUGUCUUGAUGGUAACACUACCAAUGCAAGGCCACAUCAAUCCAAUGCUCAAAUUCGCAAAACAUCUCUCACAAACAAACCUCCACUUCACUUUGGCCACAACUCAGCAAGCUCGUGACCUCCUCUCCGUCGCCACCACCACCGACAAACCCCGUAGCCCGGUGGACCUCACUUUCUUCUCCGACGGUCUGCCUACAGAUGAGCCAAGAACUGAAGCGACUCUCCUAGACUCAUUGAGAAAUGUCGGAGGCAAGAACUUGUCUAAAAUCAUCGAAGAAAAGAGAUUCUCUUGCAUUAUCUCUUCCCCUUUUACUCCAUGGGUUCCAGCUGUUGCUGCUGCCCAUAACAUCCCUUGUGCAAUCCUAUGGAUCCAAUCUUGUGGAGCAUACUCAGUUUAUUACCGUUACUACAAGAAGACCAACACUUUCCCCGAUCUCGAAGAUCUGAAUCAAACGAUUGAAUUGCCAGCUUUACCGUUGUUGGAAGUCAGUGAUCUCCCUUCGUUUAUCUUACCUUCUGCGGGAAGUCACUUCAAUAACCUAAUGUCGGAUUUCGUCAAUUGCUUGAAAGAUGUGAAAUGGGUUUUGGUAAAUUCGUUCUACGAACUCGAAUCAAAGAUAAUCGAUUCGAUGUCUGAUUUAAAACCCAUAAUCCCGAUUGGUCCUCUGGUUUCUCCGUUUCUUUUGGGAGCUGAUGAAGACGAAACCCUAGAUGGUAAAAAUCUUGAUAUGUGGAAAUCAGAUGAGUAUUGCAUGGAGUGGCUUGACAAGCAAGCUAGGUCUUCAGUUGUUUACAUAUCUUUCGGAAGUUUGCUCAAAUCGUCGGAGACUCAAGUCGUUAGCAUAGCAACGGCUUUGAAAAGCAGAGGAGUUUCAUUUCUCUGGGUGAUUAGGCCUAAGGAGAAAGGCCAAAACUUCGGCGUUUUGCAGAAGAUGGUGAGAGAAGGACAAGGCGUUGUGAUUGAGUGGGGUCCACAGGAGAGAAUAUUGAGCCACGUGGCGAUAUCUUGCUUCGUCACGCACUGUGGAUGGAACUCGACGAUCGAGACGGUGGUGACUGGUGUUCCGGUGGUGGCGUAUCCGAGCUGGACUGAUCAGCCGAUUGAUGCGAGGCUGCUCGUUGAUGUGUUCGGAAUCGGAGUGAGGAUGAGGAACGAUGCUGUUGACGGCGAGCUCAAGGUUGAAGAGGUGGUGAGAUGCAUUGACGCCGUGACGGAAGGAUCCGCCGCCGCCGAUAUGAGGAGGAGAGCGGCGGAGCUGAAGCAUGCGGCGAGGUCGGCGUUGGCGCUUGGUGGAUCAUCGGCUCGGAAUCUGGACUCGUUCAUCAGUGACAUCACAAUCAGUUGACUACGUGAAUGAUUCCUAAGUUUGCAUCUUGUUUCUAGAAUUUAUCAAGUUUGAAAACAUAGAACAUUCUUUUUUCAUUUUUGUUUUUGUUUUGUUUUGUUUAGAACCAUGAAUGUCUCUGAUUAUAAUCGAGUCCAU